GUUUUAACAACCAGCAUGUUGCAUGGGUGUCCUUUUUCUUGUAGGGUGGUUAAGUCAUGGCGCACCAAGAAUCCUGCUGGCAUGCUGGGUGCCUACAAGAUGGACUUGCAGCAGAUCACUGAAAAGAAGUGGCCCAAGCCAGUCCUUGAGUUCAUCUUCAAGCUUAAGUUCAGGAGGGCUGCCAAGAAGGUCCGCGCCCAUGGAAUCGGUGUGCACAAGCCAGAGGAGAUUGAGGAGUUCGGACACAAUGACCUGAUGGUUCUUUCAGACCUUCUAGGAGACAAACCUUUCUUCUUCGGUGAUUCUCCCACGACGCUUGACGUGGUUGCCUUUGCCAACCUGGCUCAGGUAGCCUUCAUGGACAAGGAAGUGAGCUACACACUCCGCGACUGGAUGACCGAGAACUGCACCAACCUGGUCGAGUUCUGCAACCGCGUGAAGGAGCGCGCCUUCCCCGACUGGGACGACAUGUGCACCAACCUGGACCUGAACUCCCACCUGCCCAAGCCCCCCCCUGAGGAGGAAAAGAAGGAAGAGGAGAAGGCAGGUGAAGAGAAGGCGAAGGAGGAGGAAAAGAAGGACGAAAAGGAAAAGGAAAAGGACGACUCUGAAAAGGAGAAGGCACAAAAGGACGAGAAGGAGGGUGAAAAGGAAGACAACAAGAAGACAGAAGAGAAAGAGAAAGAAGAGAAGAAGUAAAAGUUUGUCAAAGUUGUUGAAAGCAAUUGAGAACCAAAUCUAUUUGUAAUAUAUGUGAUAAAUGUUGUUUGAAAGGCUUUUUUUUUGCUUGAUACACUUUGUAUAGAUCUUCUUGUUAGCGUGGAACACAGCACCUCCCCUGUGCCGACUUAGUCGAUAACAUUUUCAGUGGCCACUGUCAGAAAUGAGCUCGUUCUAACCUUCAUUAACAAUGGUAGGGAACAGUCAGUCAAGGAAAAAGCUCUAUUUUUUUCUAUAGGACCUACAUACCCAAGUUGUUGCCAAGUAAUUGUAUGCAGCUCAUAGUACUUGGUGAGCACGUGUUCAAAUGGGUUGUAAGGCUCCCCCACCUUCUUCCUUACUGGCUGAUCUUGCUACCAGAGUUUGUUUUAUAUUUCUCUCUCUCCUUGUAGUUUAUUUUUUAUUUUUUUUGGUCCAGGUAUUUGUACUGUAGUUCGACACCACCUUGACCGCUCAUACUAUUUUUUUCCUCAAUGGUAAUGACAAGAUUUAUAUUCAAGAAUUGCAUUGAAAGACAAAUGGGCAAGAUGAUGACGUUGAAGGUUUGAACCGGUCGAGUCAUAUUUUCUGUGUGGCUUUCAUAGCUUGUAGGUUUAUUCAGUAUGAGUUUUUAGUUGAAGACUAUGUUUUUAAGAGCAGUAUUAUUCAUGGAAAAUGAGUUUGCUACUUUUUGCUACCAUGACAAAUUCUUUCUCAUUUUUUUAUCACUUUUGUACUAUUAGUUUGUACAUUACUAGCUUUUAAUAUGGCAUCUAGAACAUUAUGAUAGUUUUUACACAUGGAAGUUAUUUUGUAAUAAGGAAAUACUCAAUUUAUAGGUUCUCUUUGAUACCAGAGGGACUGGGACUCCCACCGCUUCUUGUGAUAGGAAAUGCUCAUUAGUCAAGCGUGUGGAGUAUUGAGGGUUCUUGCCUGGAAACCCCAUCCUGGCCCGAAGUUCGCUUGUACAAUCCUUCUAAAAGUCUCCCAUUCCAGUAUGUAAUAUAUGCGAAAAAGUAUGAUCCCAGUUCCCUUUCUCUUAAACCUUCUCUAAAUGGAGUUGAGAUUUUUUCUUUUUUAAGAUACUGAAAGUCAGGAUGAAGAGAGCAAGCAACAUGUUGCGAUGGACUGGGCAGGGAGGGUUUAUUUGAAGCCCCCUCUGCCUGCCGUCGUCAAAUGAGGUAUCCCAAGAACCCAAGAUAAACCCCCGCUUGCUAAACCCCUCGAAUUCGGUACGACCCAAAGACAGUUUCACGGCACCAAAGUAGUCAAUAGGGAACAAAGUGCCGCACAAUCAAAAUUAUAGUAAGGCACAAGGAGUAUAUAGCAGGAGAAGCUUAAGCGUGCUGAGAGAGAGUGGAAAAAUCACUUGGUCUUUGUAAGGUAUUAAGAAUUUUAUACUAUACUAAAGGAACUUGCACAGUAUUUUCGGUCGAUAAUUGUGCUGUGAUAACCAAAACACCAGUUUUGUAAGAUGAAAAGUGCUAAAUAGAAGUUAAGCCAUUCAUACAAUGAACUUUGUAGCCUUGCGCUUUGUCCAAAAUUUGCAAAAGAGAGAAACCAGACAUUCGCUCCUGUUGCUGACAUUUUGGCUAGAUUUUUGCCCCACCCUUGAAGUCUUGGUAGACCCUUGAGAGUGUAUACCAUGUUUGUACCCUAGCUUUUGUACACUUGGUAACUUGAGGCUUCAGCAUUCUUGUAGUAGAUGUAUCUGGCAUUUCUAUUAUAGGCACAUAACACCACAGUUAUCAUGUAUACACAGACGUAUUUAUGUUCCUCAAUAAAUGUAUCCUUUUAGGAAUUGUUACUUAUUUGUUCCAACUUUUUUUUUCUUUCUUUGGAGUCUUAUCAGAUUGUUACCAGUUUGUGAUUAAAACAUAGAAAGUGGUUUCUAUUAUAAGAUGCUGUUGAACUUGUGACAAAGCUGAUUACUUCAUUAAAUAUUUUAGACGGA